AUGCACUCUGCCGUGGCCUUGUCCCUAGUCUGGGGCUUCGCUGGUGCUGCCAGUGGUGCGGGCCUAGCUCCCAGGCAGACUGACGCUGCCACGACCACGGCUGCAGAGCCUGAGGUCACCGCAAUCACCGGUUGCCAUUUCCAUGAGUCCAGCGUGUACUGUUUUGCUGGCGAGACGGAGUAUCUAGUAGACGUAUCGAUCACUGCUACUAGCGACGUCCCCUCACAGUACACCGACUGCCAUGCCCAUGACUCGGAAAUGUUCUGCGUUGACUCCGAUGGAGGAGAUGUCGCAGUCGAGGCCGAGGGCACCGAGACAGAGGAGGAUCACGACCACGAGAGCGAAGAGGAUCACGACCAUGAGAGCGAGAGUGGGCAAGAACAUGACCACGAGUCCGAAGAAGAGACAGAGAGCUCUAGCGCCGGCCAAAGUUGCCACUUCCAUGCCGGUGUCGAACAUUGCACAGGUGACGAUGAGAGUGAGUCCGCGGAGUCGAAUUGCGAAGCCCCCAACAGAGACUAUAACAUUGGUCUACGUGUCGGCUUGCUCUUUGUCAUUCUAGCCACCAGCGCCAUCGGUGUCUUCGGACCGAUCUUGCUCCACAAGUUAAUGCCCUCCAAGCUCAACCUAGUAUUCAUCGUUUUGAAGCAAUUUGGGACUGGCAUCAUUGUCUCCACUGCCUUCAUCCACUUGUUUACUCAUGCCUUCCUCAUGUUUGGCAAUGAUUGUAUCGGCGAACUGGGCUAUGAAGGCACUACUUCAGCUAUUGUCAUGGCGGGUAUCUUCCUGUCCUUCCUUGUCGAGUUCAUCGGUCAGCGCAUCGUCCUAGCCAAGACCAAGUCUGCUCUUAGCCAGGGACACCAGGCCAAGGCUUGGCUAUCAACCGAGGUGGUCAGCAUUCUAGUCAUGGAGGCGGGCAUCCUCUUCCAUUCGCUCCUAAUCGGCUUGACGCUAGUCGUCUCUGGUGACGAAUAUUUCAUCACCCUCUUUGUUGUCAUUCUCUUCCACCAAAUGUUUGAGGGUAUUGCCCUUGGUAGCCGCAUUGCUACCAUCGGCACUAUCGCUGAAGCUCACGUCAUCUCCGUCACUCGAUCCUCAGACGAGGCGGUCAUUCAAGAUUCCGACAAGGCUGUCACUACUCCCAGCGACUCUGCCUCGAGCGAGGAAGCUGUGGUCAUUCCAACCGGCCUCGGUAUGAAGAAGAAGCUUGGGCUCGCCGCCCUAUUUGCUUUCAUCACCCCCAUUGGCAUGGCCAUUGGUAUUGGUGUUCUGCAACAAUUCAACGGUAGCAACCGCUCCACCCUCCUCACCAUUGGCACACUCGAUGCCCUCUCCGCCGGUAUCCUCAUCUGGGUCGGCCUCGUUGAGAUGUGGGCAGCUGACUGGAUGGUCGGCUCUCAUGGCAAGAAGGCCGAGCUUGCCGAUGCAAACCUCCUCACCACUACCCUCGCUGCCACUGGUCUCAUUGCUGGCCUGAUCCUCAUGAGUGUCUUGGGUAAGUGGGCAUAA